UCAGUUUUCAAUCACGCGCGAAUGCGAACGGAACUGCGCGUCGUGGAAUUAUUUAAAUUAGUUAAAGCUAAGCAAAUAUGCUCGACUGCACGUUGCCCGUGACGUAGUCUUGGACUUAAUCCUCUUCCAGUCCCUUAAUAUAGCACCGUAUCUGUGUAAUCGCCAACAGUAUUGACCAAGUCGUCCAAGUGCUCACUACUCCCUCGGCUAUUUGGAGUUAUUGUAACCGUUGGCAACUGCCACAGCAAACGUAUUUACAAUUAUCCGGAUAAAAUUUGCAAUUACACACCUUGCUAAAAAUAAAACGGAAAAGAAGCAGCCCAUUAUAAUAAAUCGUUUAAAAUGCCUGAUGUGAAGUUCUUUGCCGUGCUGCCCACCAAUGCCAGUACCUCGGAUCGAGUAACCCGGCUGUCCAUCAGCGGCAACCUGCUCCAGGAUCCCCAGCAAUUCUCGGUGAACUUUGUCAACAGUCCGGACUGCACGGACAACAUCACAUACCACUUCAAGGUGGUGAUUCCCACACAGACGAUUAUCGAGAAUUAUAAGCGGAACGGCGAGUGGAGCAGCCUGCACCAGGAGAAGUACCUGAACAUCUUCGACGGUACAGGAGCUAGCGAUAAGAACCCCAAUAUGACAGAAAGCUUUGCCCGCAUUAUAACCGAAAUUGACGAGGCGCUCCAACUUUCAUCCACAGAGUCCUCCUUUUGCCUUGAGUUCGCCUUCGACUACGCAAAUUCAAUGAUGCGGGUGUACCAGGGUAGGGAUUCGGGCCACAAUUUCAUAACCGAGUACGAGACUCUCUUCUCCCUGUCCGACAUCCAGGCUGUACAGGUGUGGGGCGAUGUACAGAAGGUCAACCAGUUUGCCCUAAGCUACAACUGAUCGGGAGAAGAAUCCCAAAGAUCCCAUGAUCCCCAAGGUAGCCCGCAAUGUUCUCUUAUUUAAUGCAUUCUUUCUUCAAUCGCAUAGAUUCAAGUUCGGUGGCGGGCGUCCUUAGUCCUAACACCGCACGACCUUAAUCCCCUCACCUGUAGUUUUAAUUAGUUUGUUGGAUUCCGCACCCAUCUAAAUCACUUCGCUGCAGUAGCAACACGCUUUCACUCCUUCGCUUGUUAAUGCGUUGAGUAUCAUUAUAAUUUGACUACAAGUUCUUGUUGAUCGUGGGCUUAAGAAACAUUUUCCCAUCAAGAUGAUUGUGGUUUUUUAACAGUAUUAAACCAAUAUUUAUUUAUUUGCAAAAAUCUCAAAAAUUUAAUUGAAACACCUGUUUUCUUUACGUUCUAUGUUAAAUUGUUUAAAAUUUUAAAAGUACUCAAAAUUUUAAUUGGCAUUUGAAUAGGUUUUAUGCCCCAUUUCUUGCAACAUAAGGCAAUAUCAUUUUCAAUAGUAUUGCUGGAUUGCAGCGUUUUCCACUUAUAUCUUUAUGAUGCCGUAAGAGUUUGAUAAUAUUCCAUUGUUUGAUAAACCAAAUCAGCAUUAACAAACACACAUUCACGGACUACAUACAUACAUAUAUAUGUCAGUCACAUAUCACUCACCUCGGUGCUAUCUGUCUUAUGACGUCACUUUAGCUCUGCUAUGUCCUAUUGCUAUCCUUUGCAGUUGCUAAUUGUUUCUUUGUUUGUAGUUGAUAGCAAACGUAUUUGUAAGGCCAAAGAAUUUUAUGUAUAAUACACCUUGAGUUUCUGUUUCGCGCUUGCUAAAGUCUUCCAUUCAGAUUGUAAACCUACAAUGUAAGUGUUAGCUUUACCUGUAAUACCUACAUACAUAUGUAUACAGACCACGCCAAGUAUUAAAAAUCGCAUGACAAGUGCGUUUUCCACAAAUUAAAUGCGUAAACAC